AUGCAAAGGAAAGAUAGUUCAAAGCUCGACCAAGUUAUUGAACUUGAGCGUAAAAGAUUAAAAGAGGUUAGUAAAAAAAUUUGGGAAAAACAGCCACCACCGCCACAAUAUCUCUAUAGUGACGCACGAACAGAUCAAAAAGUUGAAAAAUACAUUAUUGAAUGGAAAAAAUUAAGUGAUAAUAUACCAUUAAGGUUGAUAAAGAUAUUCUUGAGCUCAGAUCACAACAUUAAAGUCAAAAGCCAUGGUCCUAAACAGGCAUUUAUGAUAUUUAAAGAGUUAUUAAGUAAAGGUCAAUUAAGGGAUGUACCUUUUUAUGAUAUUCAACGACUUGCAGGAUACUUUGCAAAGGUCCAUCAACGUAAUGCGAUAUUUGUAUUGGAAGCCGCAUUGGAACAUGGGUUUAAGUUAUCUUAUUUCGAUUAUCAUAUGUUGAUUGUUUUGUAUAGAAAAAUCAAAGAUAGAAUAGGUGCAAUUCGAACAAUAGAAGAGAUGAAAAAUCUAGGAUUUGAACUUACUAGUGAAGAUUACUGUGAACUUCUACAGUGCAUAAUGAGUAAUAGUGGUGAUAUUUUACUGGCUAAAAAAUAUUUGAAUGAGAUGAAAUCAAAGAAACUCCAUCUAAGCUAUAAUGCGUACAUGGAAUUAAUUAAUGGCUUUAUUGAACACAAUGAUAUAAGGGGAGCCGGACAAUUAUUUAUCAAUAUGAUACAAGAAGGUUUAGCGGCUCCAAAUAUUUUUAUACCUAAUGAUCAAAACUCGGAUAAGCCAAUGGAAUCAAAUAAUUUGAUAAAUUGGGAAAAAAAUCUCUUAAAACAAAUUUAUAUUAUAUUUAUUCAAACUUUUGUUCAUCAUGAUAAUUUGCACCAAGCCAAAAAAUACUAUGAUAAAUUAUUAGGUGUAAAUUCAGCACCAGAUCCUGAAAUUGUAAAAAUAAUGAUAAAUUCAUGUUUAAAUAGAAGAGAAAUUAUAUUAGCAAAACAUUUGUUAAAACAAAAUCUAAGGUGA